AUGUGGAUUAAGGUAUGCGGAUUCAAGUUAUGUGGUUUAAGUUAUGUGGAUUCAAGUUAUGUGGAGUCAAGUUAUGUGGAUUCAAGUUAUGUGGAUUCAAGUUAUGUGGAUUCAAGUUAUGUGGAUCCAAGUUCUGUGGAUCCAAGUUAUGUGGAUCCAAGUUAUGUGGAUCCAAGUUCUGUGGAUCCAAGUUAUGUGGAUCCAAGUUAUGUGGAUCCAAGUUAUGUGGAUCCAAGUUAUGUGGAUCCAAGUUAUGUGGAUCCAAGUUAUGUGGAUCCAAGUUAUGUGGAUCCAAGUUAUGUGGAUCCAAGUUAUGUGGAUCCAAGUUAUGUGGAUUCAAAUUAUGUGGAUCCAAGUUCUGUGGAUCCAAGUUAUGUGGAUUCAAGUUAUGUGGAUCCAAGUAUGUGGAUCUAA